GCAUAGCGUAAUAGUACUGGACAGUAGACAUGGACAGUAUUGGCCACUACAAAGAUUUUUUUUUUGGACCACAUUCAAACUGGACAUGGAUUCUAACAGCCACGGCAUGUAUAGCAAGUGGAUUGGUACUUUUCCUGAAAUGGUUCGGACACCAACAGCCGUGGAAGAGAAUUCAGAGAGCAAAGGAUCGACGAGAUAAGUCGCUGCAACGAGCAGAACAUGCAGUCAUUCAGUACCAAAACUCUCACCCUGAAACAGACACCGACCUCAUCCUUUCUCUGUCUCUGGCUGAGCUGAGCAAACGGCUGAAGGAUGGGACACUAACUCCACAAGCUGUCUUCCACUCAUAUUUGGGCAAGACCUUGGAGGUAAAUGGCAGACUGAAUUGUUGUACUGAGAUCCUUCUGGAGAGUUUGGAUCAGCUGGAGAAUAUUGACUCUUGCAAGGAUGGUCUCCUCUAUGGAAUUCCUGUCAGCAUCAAGGACAAUAUGGCAUACAAGGGCCACGACUCUACGUGUGGUGUGCUCAGUAAAUUGGACCUGCCUGCUCCAGAUGACAGUGUUCUGGUUAAAGUGCUAAAGAGACAAGGCGCCAUCCCAUUUGUCAAGACCAACGUCUCCCAAGGCAUGUUAAACUUCGACUGUGGGAACCCUAUCUAUGGCCACACGCUGAACCCCCACAACCCCCAGAAGACGCCUGGAGGCUCAUCGGGUGGGGAAGGGGCGCUGAUUGGAGGUGGGGGUUCAGUCCUGGGCUUGGGAUCUGACAUCGGGGGCAGCAUUCGCAUCCCAGCAUCCUUCUGUGGGAUCUGUGGCUUCAAGCCCACGGUCAACAGGCUGAGUUUGAAAGGUGCUAGCUCCUGCAACCGAGGCCAAAAGUCAGUGCUGUCGUCCCUUGGUCCCUUGGCAAAAGAUGUGGACAGCCUGGCUGUCUUCAUGCAGGCUCUGCUCUGUGACUACAUGUUUACCCUGGACCCCACAGUGCCCCCCAUCCCUUUCAACCAACAGGUGUACCAGAGUGGCAAACCCUUGAGGAUUGGUUACUAUGAGAAUGACGGCUAUGCCAUGCCCUCUCCCAGCAUGUCCCGAGCCCUGAGGGAGACCAAGGUGUUGUUGGAGAGAGCUGGGCACACGUUGGUUCCUUUCAGUCCUCCCAAGGUGGCCUAUGCCAUACAUGAGCUGGUUGUCAAGGGUCUCCUAGGUGACGGAUGUGCGACCAUGCUCAGCCACAUAAAAGGUGGGCCUGUUCAACCAUGUCUGCAGACUCAGAUAAAGAUCUACAGUCUGCCUCAAAGUCUGAAGAAAAUUCUCUCCGUUCUUUUCAAACCAAUAUUUCCUCGUCUCAGCGCCGUGUUUAAUAGCCUGCGUGGAGUUGGCUCUGUGCAAAACCUGUGGAGACAGCACGCAGAUGUGGAGGACUACAACAAUGAGGUGAUGGCGGAGUGGAGGAGGUGUGAGCUGGACGUGUUACUUUGUCCCAUGAUGGGACCAGCCUACAACCACAACUACCCUGCCAAGCUCUCCAGUACACUUAGCUACACUGUUCUCUACAGUCUCCUCAACUUCCCAGCUGGGGUCGUUCCGGUCACCACGGUAACAGCAGAGGAUGAGGAGGAACUCAGACACUACGUGGGCAACUAUGAGGACCUUUGGGACAAGCUCUACAAAAAGGCUGUGUUUGAUGGAGAGGGGCUUCCUGUGGCCGUUCAGUGUGUUUCCCUUCCCUGGCAGGAUGAGCUUUGUCUGCGCUUCAUGAGAGAGGUGGAGAGGCUGGUCCGAGAGGAAGAGAGACGGAGGAGCGAAGGCUUGGAAUGACUGAGCUACGUCAAAAGGGACCUAUUUAAUCAAAAUCAGAUUUAGAAAAUAGAGAAAGAUAUUGAGUUAACAAAGUAGUGAAUUCUUAAUUCUAGGGCCCUCAAACUGUUCACCAAAUCGCAAAUAGGAAUAGGUUAAAAAAAUUUAACUGAACAAAAAUAACCACAACAUGUUUCUCUGAAAGAAGAGAUCCCAGAAAAGUGCACAAAUAUGUUAACGUCCCAUUCAUUAUAACUAAAUCAGGACAAUCUUUGUAAUUAGUUGCAUAUAUAAUGUUGCAUUUAUAUUUUUUGUGGGGGUAUAUAGGGAGUAACCGUAGUCACUUAAAAAAACAUUAAAAUCACUUAACAUGUUCAUGGUUUAGGACUAAGCAGGUGCAUCAUCUUCUCCCAACAAGGUCAAGUGUCUGCCAAAGGGGACAUCCAAAGGUCUUACACUGCAGUGUGUGGAUUUAUAUGAAUGUAACAGAAACAUCUGUGUUUCGUAGGUCACUCUCUGCCAACGUCAGGGAUGUGGAAUGUUUACAUUGACCAUUUAGCAUGGGGGUUCUUGUGGAAAUGUGACCUAUAUUGAACAUGUAAAAUCAGACAACUCUUCUGCAGUGCUUUCAAUAAAGCUUCUUUCUCCCUUGAUUUUCAACCGAACAUGUUCUUACUACUGACCACUUUACAAACGAUAUAUUCCAACAAGUGCAUGGAAGUCUUUGCAUGUCCGGUUUUCCUCUGUAUUAUAAUUUUUUACUAAACUAACAGAUAUUGAGUUGAAAUGAUAACUAAAACAAA